AGUGGAAGACAGGGCUCAUGUGACAUGUCACAUGACAGCGGAUCAGCAGAAAGGCGAAAUGGGACUCCGAGCCUGCCUUCUAGGGCUCCUUGCCCUCAUCGUUGCCUGCAAGUGCAGUUAUAACCCGGAGCCCGACCAGCGUCGGACGCUGCCCCCAGGCUGGGUGUCCCUGGGCCGUGUGGACCCUGAGGAAGAGCUGAGUCUCACCUUUGCCCUGAGGCAGCAGAACUUGGAGAGACUUUCAGAGCUGGUGCAGGCUGUGUCAGAUCCUGGCUCUCCUCGCUACGGAAAAUACCUAACCCUAGAGGAUGUGGCUGAGCUGAUCCAGCCAUCACCACUGACCCUCCAUACGGUCCAAAAAUGGCUCUUGGCAGCUGGAGCCUGGAACUGCCAUUCAGUGACCACAAUGGACUUUCUGACUUGCUCUCUGAGUGUCCGACAGGCAGAGCUGCUGCUCCUUGGAGCUGAGUUUCAUCACUUUGUGGGGGGACCUACCAAAACCCAUGUUGUAAGGUCACCACAUCCCUACCAGCUUCCUCAGGCCUUGGCCCCUCAUGUGGACUUUGUGGGGGGACUGCACCGCUUUCCCCCCACAUCAUCAGUGAGGCAACGCCCUGAGCCACAAGUGGCAAGAACUAUUGGCCUGCAUCUGGGAGUGACGCCAUCUGUGAUCCGUCAGCGAUACAACCUGACAGCACGAGAUGUGGGCUCUGGCACCACCAACAACAGCCAGGCUUGUGCCCAGUUCCUGGAGCAGUACUUCCAUGACUCAGACCUGAUUAAGUUCAUGCGUCUCUUUGGUGAAAGCUUUGUACACCAGAAAUCGGUAGCCCACGUGGUUGGACAACAGGGCAAGGGUCUGGCUGGGAUUGAGGCCAGUCUCGAUGUGCAAUACCUGAUGAGUGCUGGUGCCAACAUCUCCACAUGGGUCUACAGUAGUCCUGGCCGGCAUGAAGCACAGGAGCCCUUCCUGCAGUGGCUCCUGCUGCUCAGUAAUGAGUCAUCUCUGCCCCAUGUGCACACUGUGAGUUAUGGAGAUGAUGAGGACUCUCUCAGUAGUGCCUACAUCCAGAGGGUCAACACGGAGUUCAUGAAGGCUGCCGCUCGGGGUCUUACCCUGCUCUUUGCCUCAGGUGACAGUGGGGCUGGGUGUUGGUCUGUCUCAGGAAAACACCGGUUCCGACCUUCCUUCCCUGCCUCCAGCCCCUAUGUCACCACAGUGGGAGGUACUUGCUUCCAGAAUCCUUUCUUCAUCACAAAUGAGAUAGUUGACUAUAUCAGUGGUGGUGGCUUUAGCAAUGUGUUCCCACGGCCUUCAUACCAGGAGGAAGCCGUAGUCCAGUUCCUGAAGUCUAGCCCCCACCUGCCACCAUCAACUUAUUUCAAUACCAGUGGUCGUGCGUACCCUGACGUUGCUGCACUUUCUGAUGGCUACUGGGUGGUCAGCAACAGUAUGCCCAUUCCGUGGGUAUCUGGAACCUCGGCCUCUACUCCAGUGUUUGGGGGAAUCCUAUCCUUGAUAAAUGAGCACAGAAUCCUCAGUGGCCGCCCCACUCUUGGCUUUCUGAACCCAAGGCUCUACCAGCAGCAUGGGGCAGGACUCUUUGAUGUAACACAUGGCUGCCAUGAGUCCUGUCUGAAUGAAGAGGUGGAGGGUCAAGGUUUCUGCUCUGGACCUGGUUGGGAUCCUGUGACAGGCUGGGGAACACCAAACUUCCCAGCUCUGCUUAAGACACUACUCAACCCUUGAUUCUGCCAUGCCAGGAAAGCUGAACAGCCUCCUACACUAUACCAGUGGCUUAGUCCCUUAUUCUGCCAUGUUGGAAGCCCUGCUGAACCCACAACUGUUCAUUGUUGCAGAUAGCUUAUCUCUCUAACCCUGAAACGCUGUGAGCUAAACUUGACUCCCACCCCUACUGUGUUCCAUUGUACUCAGGACUCCCAACUCCUUGUCUCAUGUUCCUCAAUGAGAUGCUAUAAACAGCAUUUUUUGUACCCCCCUCCCCCAUCUCUUCUUCCUCUUUUCAACCAGGGAUGUGAAUACAAGGUGAAGAAGUAUAGCUUGCUAGUAGUGAUAUCAGCAGGCCCAGAUCUGAUGCCCACAACAUCUCUACACUGACUGUGUGCACUAUUUCAUUUUAAGUUCAUUCCUUAAUUCACUGCAAUGAGACCUCUGCUUUUGACUUUUACUCUUUCCUCCCCCAACACUGAGAAACAAUGGUCUCCAUGCAGCUUUAUCCAAAGCACUCUUAAUCUUUGCUCUAUGGAUUUUCCCUCAGUACCCACGCAUUCCUAUUCCUUAUGGAAUGAUGGUGUUAUUGCUCCAUCCUUAGUCUUUUGCUCCUAUCAUUUCACUCAUUGUCCUCUAGAAACAAAUCAGUGGCAUCUACACCCAUGGUUUUCUAGUUAGAUAUUCUAUCCAAUAGUGAUUGAAACCUCAAAUAUAAGAUGUGUUAAACUCAAUCUUCCUCUUCUUCCAUCCCAACCCCAACCUAUUCCAUUUCUUGUUUCUUCUUGGUAAAUGAUACUAUGCUUCUUCCAACCAAGCCAGAAGUCUGUGUCACCCUGACUGAUUUUCUUCACCCUCCUACCUUCAAUCAACAUGUCAUACUGACUUUACCUCCUAAAUACACCUUUAUCAGUCCAAAAGUCCUCCUAAUAUAUUUCCUAAUAAUAGCUAGAACUUAUCCACUUCUCUCCAUCCCCACUGCUAUUAAUGAGCUUUGAGCCAUAUUCUCUCUCCUCUAAAUUACAGGAAGCCUUUGGUGGGCAGUAAUGGUGGGAGACACACAAAACUGUCCUAACUUCCUACUCAUCUCUAAAUCACCUUCCAAAGCAAAUCUGAUUAAGCAAUUUAUUUGAUAGAAACCCUUCAGAGAUUACUGGAUUAAGUACAGGCUUUUUAUCAUAGUUCACAAACCUUAUUUGUUCUUCUUCCCUCCCUAACCCCUAAGGAAUUCUCAUCCUUGCUUAAGAUAUUCAUACAAUCAACUGGCUGAUUUUCAGAAUUCUUUCAGCUCCGAAGUCAGCUUGUUUUCCUGAGGCCAGUUGAUUUUGGUACUGCAAAUAAAUCCUAAUUUUCAAAACCAAAUCUGGUUUAAUCUUGGUUCUGAUAUAGAACAGUAGAGAGCCAAGUUUUGUCUGAGAUUGUUUCCUCAUUAGUUAAGUGGAGAUAUCAAUACCUUCCUUUCACAAUUGGAGAAUAAAAUUAAGAGAAAUAAUGUUGAUAGUGUCUGGCACCUGGAAGCAGAUGUUAGCUCCCUCCCUUCCUCCUUUGUACAGUACACCCUGUGCCUACCUCUAGCAGUGUAACCAUAUGACAUUGAAACUCUAGUUUAUUUGCCUCCCUUUCCAAGACCGUUGGUGCCUAGAGGACUAGAAUCUUGUCCUAAUUUGUAUCCCUAGGACAUUGCCCAGGAGAUGUCAAAUAGUAAUUAAAUAAAUCUGUUGAAUUGAA